GCACGUUUGCUGAAUACACGCUGGAAACUGAAAACCCGAAUUGAGAAAUUCAGCUUCUCAGCCUCAGGCAAAAAUGAAAACAUUGAUUAACAAUAAGAAUCGACAGGUUGUUUUCUGAAAAUUGCAAAAAUAUUGAGUUUCUGAUCCUUUUUCUAUUUUUGAUAAGAAUAAUUAUUUCCGCUGAACUUUUUCCAGAAAAUCAAGUGGUUUCAAAUGAACAUGCAUGAUGUUUGGCAAACUAGCAGCACUGUUACAGCUUAAGGGUCAUCAACUGCCAUAAACAUAUGAACUUUAAAACCCAAAGAAAAAAAAACAUAUAAACAGGCGGCACUUAUUUAUGUUCUGGAAUAGUUACAGUAAAAGCUAAGCAAUGGUUACAAGUUAUGAAAGUCAACAAGAAUUUUUGAUGGAUUACCCAUUCUUGCUAAAAACCGGAGAAUAUCAAUUUAUUGGUUGUUUUGAAGGCGGUUUCAGUAUUCACCUUGAGCUGCCAGCAUUCCCCAAACUAAAUGAAAUGGGAAUAAUAGUAUCAUACAACGAAAAACAAAUAGACAUCGAUUACCAACCACAAGAUACACUGCACGAUAUGAUGGAAAAUGUUAUGAAACAAUGUUCUAAGCACAAAACCCGAGUAACAAAAGUAAACAUUUCUAGCAUGAAUAUGAUUUCGCUUACAAUGGAUCAACUAGAUUUAAUCCAGAAUGAGCAAAAUUGUAAAAUUUGGAGCGACUGCAAUUUCUCUAGGAUUAAAUUUUCCCACUUCAAAUCUAAUGAUGCCAAUUUCAUUGAACUCUUCCGUAGUAACGGUGCUGAUUAUAAAGUUAUAUCACAUUCGUUACCUGAACUAGGUACAUUGGGGGAGGUUUUCAAGCGACAUGCUUCUCUGAGUGUUCAUUGUGCUUCUUUCGUACAAAUUUUGGAACAAUUAGAAGAAUUUUACAGUAAUCUUCACACAUUGGACGAGUUAUGUUUCGUUGUCAGUCCUUCAAGAAUAGAUACACGAACUAAUUGGCGAAUCAUCAAGUACAACAAAAAAGUAUUUUUGAAAAUUACAAUUCAUCCGCUGCAGCCUUCCUCAGUAAUUGUUGCCUUCAUCGGACCUACUCAUGAAAUCGAAGAUUUGCGUAAAAAGUAUGAUAGCAAAUUGGAAGAUUGGGAUCAAAGUACCAACGUGUACACAAAUUUGUUGAGAAUCUUCGAGAUAAUGUCAUUUCCGAUGCGAUACGCACAAACCGAUGAACAUGAUAUCUGCGGAAUUUGCAUGACCUCGAAAGACGAUUCUGAGGUCAUUCCUCUUAUAUCAUGCGAUAAUGAUAAAUGUAUGCUUAUAUUUCAUUUUAGUUGUUUGAAGCAGUGGUUUUCCUCUUUGAAAGAUAGUAGAACCUUUUUCGCUAUAUCGAUUGGAAAAUGCCCCUACUGCAAGCAAAAGGUUUCCUCUAGUUUCGAUGAACUCAUUGAUCAUCAAUGUCGUGAACGACCAGACAUUCACACCAAAAUAGCCGUUUUCUUUUGA